CCUGCUCUGAGUUUUAAUCGUCGGAUCAGAUAGACGGCAAGAAACUCAGGAUGCUAUUGAACGCGGUAGUAGGAAUUACAUGCGUAGAAGGGUUCUGGGGUUUCAGUGUAUGUUCCCAAAUCUUGGCAGAGCAAGCCCUCGUAGGAGAAUACCUCUCGGUACCAUAACCAUACUGCAAUGGCCGACUGAAGUGAAUUUAUUGCGUACUGGAGAAGAACUGGGAAGCAGAGAAAGGCGAGUGGUGUUUGUUACCGUAGGAACUACAUGUUUCGAUGCUCUUGUCAAGGCAGUAGAUUCCGACGAAGUGAAAGAAGCCUUACUGCAUAAGGGUUAUACUGAUCUCCUGAUUCAAAUGGGCCGAGGCACAUACAUGCCAUCUAAGGUCUCAGGAAAUUCAACUCUUCAAGUUGAUUAUUUCACCUUUUCACCAAGCAUUGCCGAUUACAUAAGAGAAGCAUCCUUAGUCAUCAGUCAUGCAGGAUCCGGAAGCAUAUUGGAGACCCUACAACUGGGCAAACCUCUAAUUGUUGUUGUGAAUGAAGAUCUUAUGGAUAAUCACCAGAGCGAGUUAGCAGAAGAACUUGCCAACAGGAAGCACCUUUUCUGUGCCCGUCCACAAACACUGCAGGAGACUGUUGAGGCAAUGGAGCUGAAUAAUCUCCUGCCUUACAUGCCAGGAGAUGCCAAGCAAGUUGUCACACUGAUCAGCAAAUUUCUUGGUUUUCCAGUCGACUGAUUGUCUCCAUCAUUUUUUACUCAUCAUGAAAAUAGAGGGAUCAUGUGCGCUAGUGAUUUAGUCAGAAAGUGCUGGGAGAAUGUCAGCUCUAAGCUAAGAGCAUUGGACUGCACACUUCUUUCAUUCGAUCAUAAAAAGCUGAAAUGAAGUGGCCGAAGAGCCAUGAUGAUAUGAAAUGGACGGUAUGGUGGAUGGAUCAACUGAUCCUAACCCCGGGUAGGCGGGUACAGUGUGAUCUGUUCUUUUGGUUCUACAAUCCUGGGAGCAAUUGAUGUAGCUUGGUGGAAAGAGCAACCUUACCUAUUGUUCCUAUUUUGAUACCCUUCAUGUAACUACUUACCAUCUCUCAGUACAAGGGAAAUGUUUUCCAAAUUGCAUGAAAUGUGCUUCCCUUGUUCUUUGAUAUUGGAGGGUGCAUAGGUAGCUGCUCUCCACUGGGUUGCGAUCCACUUGAAGGCCAAGGCAUGGUUUGAGUUGAAAGAUAGGAAUUCAGUGCUGCAUCGAAGAGUUGGUGAAAGCAAACCCAUACGGGCCCUUUGAUUGGUAUUUGCUACAUUCCAGAAUGUAACUGCUGUAAGAUCCAUUUCAUUAAACAGAACAUUGUGGUUUUGACCUUGAUUGGGGGCAGCCCCGUGUAGCAAUCUUGCUCGUAGCAAUAUGCCAUAUUCUACCAUUAUUUCAA